CACACACUGCAGCACACACCACCGACACCGACCCCUUCCUCAUUCAUUUUCCACUUCUCUUCCACUACAGAAGUUAACACACAGGACACCACCAUGGAGGACUAUCACAAACCAAAUAAACAAACACUGCAAGAGCUGAGAAACCUCGCGGACCGACUCAGGAUUAACUCCAUAAAGUCGACCACUGCAGCCGGCAGCGGACACCCGACAUCAUGUUGCAGUGCAGCGGAGAUCAUGUCCGUGCUCUUCUUUCACACCAUGAAAUACAAACCCGAUGACCCACGUAAUGCCAACAAUGACCGCUUUGUUCUGUCGAAGGGUCAUGCUGCUCCUGUGCUCUAUGCAGCCUGGGCAGAAGCAGGUUACCUCCAAGAGAGCGAGCUGCUUAACCUCCGCAAGAUUGACUCCAUCUUGGAGGGCCACCCAGUUCCAAAGCAGGCGUUUGUGGACGUAGCCACAGGUUCUCUUGGGCAAGGACUUGGCGCUGCAUGUGGGAUGGCCUAUACUGGAAAAUACUUCGACAAGGCGAGUUACCGUGUGUACUGCAUGUUGGGUGAUGGAGAGCUGUCUGAGGGCUCGGUCUGGGAGGCUAUGGCCUUUGCUUCCUUCUACCAGUUAAACAACUUGGUGGCCAUUCUGGACAUCAACCGUCUUGGCCAGAGUGACCCUGCACCCCUACAGCACCAGGUGGAGAAGUACAAGAAACGCUGCGAGGCCUUCGGAUGGUAUGCUGUCAUUGUGGAUGGCCACAAUGUGGAGGAGUUGUGUAAGGCCCUGUGUCAACCCCAUGAUCAACCCACUUGCAUUGUUGCCCAAACCUUUAAGGGCAAAGGCAUUCCAGCCACUGAGGAUAAGAUGGGCUGGCAUGGUAAACCCUUGCCUAAGGACAUGUCUGAGAGUGUAAUAAAGGAUCUACAAAGUCAAAUUAUGAGCAGCAUCAAGCUCUCUCCUCUUGCACCAACUGAAGACACCCCUGCCAUCAGCCUGAAAAACAUCCACAUGUCCAGCGAACCCAGCUACAAACUUGGAGAGAAGAUCGCUACGAGGAAGGCCUACGGCCUGGCGCUCACAAAACUCGGCCGUUCUAACGAGCGUGUCGUCGUCCUGGAUGCAGACACAAAGAAUUCCACCUUUGCUGAGAUGUUCAAGAAUGAAUUUCCUAACCGCUAUGUGGAGUGCUACAUCGCAGAACAGAACAUGGUGAGUGUAGCUGUGGGCUGUGCAGCUCGCGACCGAAACGUUGUUUUUGCCUCCACUUUCGCCACGUUCUUCACCCGAGCUUAUGACCAGUUGCGCAUGGCUGCCAUCUCAGAGAGCAACAUCAACCUCUGUGGCUCACACUGCGGUGUUUCCAUCGGAGAGGAUGGUCCCUCUCAGAUGGCGCUGGAAGACUUGGCGAUGUUCAGAGCCAUACCCACUGCCACUGUGUUCUACCCGAGUGAUGCCGUGUCCACCGAGAAGGCAGUGGAGCUUGCAGCUAACACCAAGGGGAUUUGCUUCAUCCGAACCAGCCGCCCUGAAAAUCCUGUAAUCUAUAACAGCAAUGAAGAGUUUCGUGUAGGCCAAGCAAAGGUUGUACACAAGACCAACAAUGACCAGGUCACCGUGAUUGGAGCUGCUGUAACUCUGUUCGAGGCUCUUGAUGCUGCUGAGCAGCUGAAGAAAGAGGGCAUCAACAUUCGAGUGAUUGACUUAUUCACUAUUAAACCACUGGAUUCGAAGACAGUUAUCAAAAAUGCCCGGGAUACAGGGGGUCGCAUCAUUACCGUAGAGGACCAUUACUAUGAAGGUGGUCUGGGAGAGGCCGUGUGUUCAGCGGUGGUGAAUGAACACGACUUGACCGUGCAUCGCCUCGCCGUGUCUCACGUGCCACGCAGCGGGAAACCCAAAGAGCUACUCAAAAUGUUUAACAUCGACUGUGACGCCAUCGUUCAGGCUGUGAAGAAGAUAAUCAAUGAUACUACCAGCAAUAAGUAACAAAAAGAAAUCAGGGUCACAGAAACAAAAUAGUCAUGACAUAGCUAAGCUUAUAAAGGUCACAAUGUGUUAUAUUAAUCAGCUGGACAUCUAAACAAGCUGGUGCUAUUUUGUCAAAGAAUAUGACUAAGAAUAGUAUAUUUUCACAAAAUGAGGCAUUUAUGACAUUUCAGAUAGCCACAUUUAGGCUUAAAUACAUCUUGCUUGAAAUAUAUAGCUUUAUAUAAUGAAAUCUAUUGAUUUGAAUUUUUCAGUUAAAAAUAUUAGACAGAAUACAGCAAUCUGAUGAGCUAAAAUAAAACAGACAAAGAUCGGAUAACACUUUUAUGUUUACUGUCAUUAGUAUGGUUUUAUCCUUUUACACUGUUGAUGACAAAGCAAUAAACACAUCAGGAAGCACGCAACACGAACUCAGAUUUUUAAAAGCCACUGAAGGCAACAAAAGUCUUUGCACUUUUAUUUCACACAGUAUUGAUUUAUAUGUGAUUACUGAUGCUUAAUAAAAUGCAGUCAUUCCUUA